AUGGUCUAUAUAAACCCACGGCUGCAUAUAUGUUCCAACUCGAACACAAUUGUGAACAAAAACUGCAGCACCAUGAACAUGAAGGCAUGCUUGUCCAUGUUAACCUACCUUGUCUUCCUUACCUUCUUGUUCUCCUGGCCGGCCACCUCGGCAGCCCUGCGCGCCCAUCUCUCCCACAUCGACAGUGGUCGCGGGUUCACAAAACGCGAGCUGCUCCACCGGAUGGUCGUUCGGUCGAGGGCCCGUGCUGUCAAUCUUUGCCCAUAUUCCCGAACGAACGCCCACCCGGCGACCGCACCGGUGGGACGCGUCAACACGGACGUAAACUCCGAGUACCUAAUCCACUUGAGCAUCGGCGCGCCACGCUCGCAGCCUGUGACACUGACGCUGGACACCGGCAGCGACGUCGUCUGGACGCAGUGCGAGCCCUGCGCCGAGUGCUUCACCCAGCCUUUGCCCAGGUUCGACACCGCCGCCUCCAACACCGUCCGCAGCGUCGCGUGCUCCGACCCUCUUUGCAAAGCCCAUUCGGAACACGGCUGCUUCCUCCACGGGUGCACCUACGUCUCCGGUUAUGGAGACGAAUCAAGGUCAUUUGGCCACUUCCUCCGGGACUCUUUCACCUUUGACGACGGCAAAGGCGGCGCGGUCACCAUGCCGGAUAUUGGCUUUGGCUGUGGCAUGUACAAUGUCGGCAAAUUUUUACGAACUGAGACUGGCAUCGCGGGGUUCGGCCGCGGGCCACUGUCGCUGCCUUCGCAGCUCAAGGUCCGGCAGUUCUCCUACUGCUUCACCGACAGGUUCGAGGCCAAGAGCAGCCCCGUGUUCCUCGGCGCCGCGGGCGACCUCAAGGCGCAUGCCACAGGGCCGACCCUCUCCACUUCGUUCGUACGGAACCCUUCUCCGAACACCGACAGCUCCUCCUACUACUUCCUCAGUUUCAAAGGGGUCACGGUCGGCGAGACGCGGCUGCCGGUUCCCGAGUCGGCAUUCGCGAUCAAGGCCGAUGGCUCCGGCGGGACGAUCAUCGACAGCGGCACGGACCUCACCACAUUUCCGGAUGCCGUGUUCAGGCAGCUGAAGAGCGCAUUCAUCGCGCAGGUGGCACUGCCAGUCAAUAAGACCGCGGACGAGGACGACAUAUGCUUCUCCUGGGAUGCCAAGAAGACGGCGCCCAUGCCGAAGCUCAUCUUCCAUCUGGAGGGUGCGGACUGGGACCUGCCGCGGGAGAACUACGUGACGGAGGACCAUGAGUCCGGCCAGGUGUGCGUGGUGGUAAGUACGUCGGGCCAGAGGGAUAUGACGCUCAUAGGCAACUUCCAGCAGCAGAACACGCACAUCGUCUACGAUUUGGCGGCAGGUAAGUUGCUCUUGGUGCCGGCGCAGUGUGACAAGCUGUGA